UUCAGGAUAAAGCCACCUUCUGUAACAUCGGUAGUGAUCACCAUCUUUAAUGUAAGGAUUUACAAAUAUCUGGACGACCACUCGGACAUCUUCUGGUGCUCAGGUGGAUCUUGGUACUGCUGCAUAAUGGGUAACAAAGCAACAUCAGUGCACUGUGCCUUAAGAAUCCUGUGCUUCACGCUUCUCCACUUAAUUAGUUCAGCACAAGAUGAAGACAUAAGAAGUUGUAGGACCGCCCCUUGUGACUUGGUUUUCAUUUUAGAUGGAUCUUGGAGUGUGGAAGAUAUAAAUUUUGAUAUAGUGAAGCGAUGGCUUGUCAAUAUAACAUCCAGCUUUCAGAUUGGACAGAAGUUCACACAAGUCGGUGUAGUUCAGUACAGCGAUGACCCUAUUUUAGAGAUCCCUCUUGGGAAGUACUCCUCCAACAAAGAGGUUCUAAAGGCCAUGGAAGGCAUCGAGUACAUGGGCGGUAACACAAGGACAGGAACUGCCAUCAAAUUUGCCACUGAUAAAUUGUUUGGUCUCUCGGAGCGUGGUCCUGCUGGUGUCUCCAGGAUUGCUGUUGUUCUUACGGAUGGGAAGUCACAAGAUGAGGUUCUGAAAGCCGCAGAAGCAGCAAGGAAAAAGGGAGUGAUUCUGUUUGCAAUAGGAGUUGGCUCAGAGACAGAGGAGGCAGAGUUAAGAGACAUCGCUAACAAGCCAUCUUCAACAUAUGUGUUCUCUGUGGAGGACUACAAGGCCAUUUCCAGGAUCAUACAGGUCAUCAGGCAGAAACUUUGUGAAGAGACUGUGUGUCCAAUAAAGAUUCCUGUUGAUUCACGAGAUGAAAAGGGCUUUGAUAUUCUAUUGCAUUUAAAUCUGGCCAAAAAGACCAAAAAGACCCAAGGGGCAUUUUACGGUUCCAGGGCCUAUGAAGUGACAUCCCGAGUCGACCUCAGUACAGCUACAAGGGACUUGUUUCCUGAUGGACUACCACCCUCCUAUGUCUUUGUGUCCACACUGAGAUACAAAGGGUCAGUCACGAAGGAGGAGUGGGACUUGUGGAGGAUCCAGACUCGAGAUGGGAAACCUCAGAUGGCUGUGACCUUAAAUGGAUACGAGCGCACAGUGUCUUUCACAACAACCAGCGAAGCCCCCAGUGGAACUCAAACAGUUACAUUCUCUCAGAAGACUGCUUGGAAACUGUUUGAUGAGAAGUGGCACCAGUUGCGUCUGCUGGUCACAGAGGAGGAUGUGACUCUUUACGUGGACGAUCUGGAAAUUGAAACACUCCCCUUAGAGCCCCCAGUUGGCAUCUUCAUCAACGGAAAAACACAAGUCGGAAAAUACGUCCAGAAAGAAACUACCGUGCCAUUUGAAAUUCAGAAGCUGCGGAUCUACUGUGACCCCGAGCAGAACACCAGAGAAACAGCCUGUGAAGUACCUGGAGUUUGUUCCAACAGCCCUGACUAUGCUGAGCCCACUGAAGAGCCUUGUGCCUGCCCACCUGGCCCACCAGGGCUUCCAGGUUCAAAGGGUGAACAAGGAGUAAUGGGUGAUCCCGGUCAGCCUGGACCUGCUGGUGCUGAUGGUAAGCCUGGGGUUCCUGGUGUUAGAGGGAGUCCCGGGCUGCCUGGUCCUCCAGGGGUAGAGGGACCACGUGGGCUGCCGGGGUACAAAGGGGAACCAGGAAGUCCAGGUGUUACGGGAGAGAGGGGAAUUCCAGGACAACCCGGACAACCCGGAAAACAAGGAGAAAAGGGCUCACACGGUUCCCCUGGAAUUGCUGGGUUUCCAGGAAAGACUGGUCAAACGGGAGAAAAGGGAAGUAUGGGACCUCCCGGGCCACCAGGUUACCCAGGGAAAAACGGCCCACCAGGGAGAGAAGGGAAGGAUGGACUUCCAGGAAGACCUGGAGAAAAAGGUGAAGCUGGAAUCAGUGGUAUUCCUGGAGCUGAUGGAAGACAAGGCCAUCCAGGGAUGCCUGGUUUGCCAGGAAAUGCUGGUCUAAAUGGACAAAAGGGAGAAGCUGGUUCUCCUGGGCCCAGGGGUUUUCAAGGAUUAGUUGGACCACCGGGUGAGAUGGGGUUACCUGGUCCACCUGGUUUACAAGGACUAAUGGGACACAAGGGGACUAAAGGUGAAAAUGGAAAUCCAGGAAUUCAGGGUGUCCCAGGACCACUGGGGAGUGCAGGUGCCCCAGGAAGACCAGGCCAACCAGGACACCCAGGCAUGCAUGGACUAAAGGGCAGCAAGGGACAAAAGGGGAAUUCUGGUGAAAGAGGUGAUAUGGUAAGAUCCAAACUAUACCAAUAUCAAAUAACUGAAAGAAAUAUUAUGAUCAAAUGUGUCUUUGGUCAGGGGAUGAAAGGUGAAAAAGGAGAUCACGGACCACCGGGCAGCCAUGGCAUGACUGGUCCAACCGGAGUCAAAGGAGAACGUGGGGCACCAGGAGAGCCAGGGCAGCGAGGCCUUGAUGGUCAAGUGGGACGUCCCGGACAGCCCGGGCAGACAGGGGCUCCAGGCCCCCGCGGCAUACAAGGAGACACAGGACCCCAAGGACCACCAGGCCCCGCAGCACGCAUUGUCAAUGAGUUAUCAGAAUCGCAUAUUCGCCAAAUUUGCAGAGACAUUCUUCAAACUGAACUGCCUCGGCUUUUGAUAAGCAACCAACAGAGUAGCUGCUCUACCUGCUACAGCCAGCCUGGCACCCCAGGUCCACCAGGACCAAUGGGGCCUCAGGGACUGAGGGGUCUCCCAGGCUUCAGCGGCGCAAGGGGCCAGCCAGGACAUCCAGGUCGGCCGGGGCACCCGGGGGUCAGUGGUCUUAAAGGGGAGCCUGGGUUCAAAGGUGAAAAGGGCAGUGCUGGUCGGACAACUGUUGGCGACCCGGGUGAACCUGGGCCUACAGGGCCAAUGGGUCCCCCAGGUUACGGCAAAGCAGGUGGUCCAGGAAAGCCUGGACCUCCUGGACUAAAUGGAGCUGAGGGUAAAAGUGGUAGCCCUGGUGUCCCAGGCCAGCCUGGUGUGUGUGACCCCUCCAUGUGCUAUGGGAGUAUGAUGAGAAGAGAUCCUUACAGCAAAGGGCCCAACUAUUGACACAGUGAUCCCAGUGCAGGCACCAGGUGAAGAGGUACAGCCUUCUCAGGAAGAACUCAAACUUUCACCUCCUCCAGUGGCUACACAGUUAUACUCAUACAACCUGGUUUGAGGGUUAAAGCUGUUAGGUUUCAUUUUAUUUAAUACAAGUGCUCAUAAACUAGUCAUUAUAAUGAUGUGUUUAAAGACACUGCACCGGUGCUAAUCUGUCACUACAGCAGUGGUGUUUUUAAACACAGGUUAAGCCAAAAUGUCAUAUUGUACUAUUACGUCUUCAGAAAACUGUGAUUCAUGGCCAUGGGGCAGGAUCUGUGUGGCAUGUUGAACUUGCUGUGCCCAUUGUCUCAUCUGAAACUGUUUAGGACAGUGUUACUUAAAUAUGACAUUAUUCCAUUGAGAAGGACAAUGUUUAGGGUUUUUCAUAUGAUCGCCCAAAAAAUAAGUUUACAAUCGUGUUAUGUUGCAUUUGAGUAAUGGUAGCAGGUAUUUUAUUGUUAUUUAUAAAUAAGUCUAUGUUACUGUGUAUCAGGAUUCAA